CGCGCGGCGCGUCGCGGCUUAAUGCCGUUGCCGCGUUCGUGGCGCCAAGAGGAGGGCCAUUGGCGACGAUAAGCCUCCUUCGUGUCCGGCACGAAUGAGAAAAAGAAAGAGAAAAACGGAGAUAGACACGCACAGCAGCCAGCUUUCACCCGCGUUUCAGCAGUGAAUACAUAUAUAUACAUAUCCCGUCUGGGGUGUGGAUCGCGACAGUGUAGAUAAUACGUUGCGGUCAGCCGUGCUCGGCCAGUGUCAGUCUAGAGUUAGUGUCGGUGAAUAGAAGUGACCGAGUCGAUUCGCGAGUCACGAUAGCGUCGAAUACACAGUUUCAAUCUUUAACAUCUCGAAUUCCUUAUAUCAAUCUUCGCUACUUCACUUUAUCAGAUUGUUCACAAUUUCCUGAACAAUUGUGCCGGAAUCUCAAUAAUUCAUAAUCACCGGUGAAAGAAUCGGAAUUUCCGUCGGACUUAUUCGACGUUAAUAUUUUAAAUGCAAAAAAAUACUUUAUACUUGGAGUGAUUGUCCCUGUCAGUAAUUCUAUUGUGUAUUGUGAUACGGAAACAGCACAGCAGAAGAGAUCGGUACGAGUGUACAAAGUAGUGACAGACAGAGCGAAAGGGUGAAGAGGUACCAGCGUAGGGUGGUCGGUGUACCCAAAGGUGAUGCGUAGUCCGUAAAGACUGUUGAAGAAUCACAUUUAUCGCCCACUCUCGAAGACCUUCCCUUUGGUGCGUUUUGAUGGUGAUCAUUGCAGUCGUGUUUUGACGUUCAAACGAAGCAAAAUGUCGGGGCUGCUUUAUACACUUCUGGGGCUGGCAGCCAGCACGAGUCUCCAUUGCGCUGUUCGCCGAGAGAUAAGCCCAUGUACCUGCCGGCAGGAGGAGUUCUCCAGUUCCGUUAUCAAUCCGGCGCAAGCAGCGGCCGCAGCCGCAGCGGUCGCAGCCGUCGCGAAUACCGGAAACAACCCUAGCCAUCAUGGACACGGGGAGCGAAUCGAAGUCGUGUGCGAACGUAUGGACUCAUUCGAGCAGGUCGCGGGCGCGUUAAGGGGUAAAUUUACCACCGAGCAACAAAUUAUCCUGCGAGUCUCGCAUUCGAACCUCAGGGACAUAUCACGGCAUGAUUUUAAAGAGCUGCGGAUGUCUAUCACCAGGCUUGAACUCAACCACGAUCAUCUAGGGUACGUGGAUGGUGAAGUUUUCGCGGGAUUGGGGAGAACGCAGUAUCUCAGUCUCGCAGAUAACGAAGUACCGGCUAUACCGCGGCACAUUUUGUCACAUCUUUCGUUGCUGAGGACCCUUGAUCUCAGCAGAAAUCGGAUAAAUCGUAUAGAUUCGGAUGACUUUAAGUACAAUCCGACAUUACAGCAUCUCUCUAUGGCCGGAAAUACGAUUUCAGAAAUGAUGCCGGGCUCGUUGCCGCCGUUAGUGAAGCACCUACAUGUCGGCCGCAAUCACUUGCAAAGUCUGAAUCGAACCUUACGAGAUUUGAAUCAGUUGGAAUGGCUGCUAAUUAACGCAAACGAGCUCACGUCUCUGGACGGCGAGCUACCGUCCUCCGGUCAUAAUUUGAAAAUGCUCUACGCCGUGGACAAUAAAUUAACUCAUCUGCCAGCGGAAUUUCGUUACCUGCAUCGUUUGGAAACGUUGUUUCUUCAGCACAACAAAAUUCGUACUCUAGAUGGUACACUGCAAAAGGCACGUCGGUUGAAGUUCCUCGAACUUUCGUACAACGAUCUACAAGAGCUAACGGAAGAGGAUUUCGUAGAAGCAGAAAUGUUAGAAGAGCUGCAAAUCGGACAUAAUUCUUUAAAAUCAUUGGGCGGUGCUGGUGGAGGUAACGGUGACGGAAACGGAGGCAACAGUGUCCUUUAUCCUCUUAGGUCUCUCAAGUGCUUGAACUUGACGCACAACGAGCUUACCGAUUUUUCAUUCGCUUCACUUCGUGGUUUGCGCGAGCUCCGAUUGUUGGAUCUCUCGAACAACAAAAUCGCACACCUUCACAGAGGAAGAACACCAUCAGAGAAUUUAGUAGAAGAGGAAGGAGACGAAACUGCCGGUGGAAACAUCCAGGAUAUGCGUCUUCAACAUAACGAACUACGAAGCUUGGACGGCUCAUUGUUCCUCGGAAUGAAAGAAUUGCAAAGGCUGAAUCUCAGUCACAAUGCUCUGGGACCAACAAUUGGACCACGUGAUCUACGAGGCCUUGAUGGUCUCAAAGUCCUUGAUCUCUCCCAUAACGAGCUCACCACUCUUGAGGAUACAUCAGAGACUUGGCUUCCCUCUUUGGAGGAAUUAAACGCGUCGCACAAUCGCUUAGUGACACUGUCCGAGAGAGACUUCCGCGGAUUCCCGGUUCUCUGCUGGGCAGACGUGAGUGCGAAUCGAAUUCGAACGUUGAUGCCGGAACUUGUUGCAAACACGCGUUGUACUGUGCACGGUGUUCCUGACGUGCUUCGUAUAUAUCUCCAAGAUAAUCCAGUACUGUGCGAUCCCGGUCUUGCAGACCUGACUGUGGCUUUCGAAGUGAAUCAUGCGAAAGUCUAUGGUGUUGCCAAUAAUUGCCCAACUACCGCGACGCUUAUCGAACAAACGUCCCCGCUUCCACCGCUGCCACCGACACUGCUGUUGGCCGCCGCGGCGGCCGCAUCUGGCGGUAACGUUUCUUUCGCUGCGACCCUCGAGUAAUUCUCCCGAAUCGUGCGAAGAAUCGCCUAAGGACCGCAAAGAGGUAUUUAAAGGAAGACGAAGAAGAGGAAUGCAGGAACGAUCAUAACAGAAUCGUGGUUUGUCCCUUAUGCGGUGCUCUUCGAACUUUGAACUUUGAACUGAUUUAGCACCUUUUGCUGCUAUGACAAAGUGUGUCAGAGGAACAGUCAUGCGAUUCGUGGCUACCCGUUUUACACGGACUCUAUACAUACUCCGAAGUAGACAAAGUCUGCUAGACAGACUGAAAAUAUACGGACGCGAGCGGUUCGGAUCUUAACGUAAUCUCGUUUCAAGUUCGACGUUUAGCUAGGCAAUAAGCACCGAUGUUUUAGCUCGUUUUAAUCUCAUACGCGUGAGUGAAUUUCUUGGAAGCAUCAGAAAGGGGAAAAAGUGUUACAUAAUAUGUAUACACUCGUAAACACGCGAACAUUCGUUAAGAUCCGAACGCCGACGUGACUUUCUACACACGCGGCUAAUUCGGUUAGAUCGACUCCUGACAACUGUUUGCGAUUUAACGUCACUCUUUACGCGAUAGAUGCGUAUUACUGUAGUAGUUGCUUAAAGAAAAAGAAAAAACCGAUAUAUGUAUACGUAUUUAUUUUUACUGAGUUGCGUAGCGCAAGAAUACGGUCCUUUUCGUCGUGAUGAGACGAUUUCUUAUGUGUUCAACAUGGAACAGGACCGAGCGCAAAGAUUCGAUCUGAUGUUCAUCGUACACAGAAAAGAAGGAGAAUGAACAAGGAACUUACAUCACUUGUUCAAAGUACGGAUCGAAAUGAAUUGACGAGGCCUCGCUUACGUGGUCCAAAAGCGAUUAAUUAAUGUUUCUGUUCUAUUAGGCUACAUCAUAACGCUGUAAAUAGUUGUUAAGCUGCUACUUGUUGAAUAUCUUGCGCCCUUGUCUUGAGUAUCUCAUUUUAAAUUUUAAUUCGCGUUAUGUACUAUUUAGAACAUUUGCCAAUCUUUCUUCUGUUAACUCUCUAUUGUAUCGUGCAACUUUGGACUCAUAUAAUGGUCGCUAAAGAUUUAAUGGAAAGAAAAAUGUAUUAUAUGAGUUUUGUACAAACUUAGCUUGAAAAUGUAAAAAAAAAAUAAUACAGAAUAAAAAGUAAUUUAAUUAAUAGAGGGUUAACGUUUUCCUUGGAGUAGUUACGUACAAAGCAUAUAUUUCGCGGUGUAAAAAUUUGGUAUAUUCGAAGUUUUUGAGGUCGAUUUGUUUUUAAAUCGAGCUCGAAAUGAUCGUUAAUCACCAAUGUUUCAAAGUAUUAUCUGCUAUUAACGCUAGUGCAAGUGAAAUAAUUUUUUUGUGUUUGACUACAAUUCCCUUAAAGAUUUGUUUUUCAUUAUGAAAAAAGAAUGAAAUUUUGAAUAGGUACAUAGGUAUAUAUAUAGUGAUUUGCUAGGUAUUAAUCUCAUUAACGCCGACAACGUGAAUACGGCUAGUAUUUUAUACGAGAAUAAUCCAACGAUUCCCAUUGUCGACGUUUCGAUCUUUAAUUAAAUUCCUGAAUGAUCGAGUAAAUGAACUAUCGAGCGGGUCAAUAGUGUAAGUGAAAUCUGUUAGCUUACGUUGUGUAUGCGAUAUGGACUGAUUGGCAGUGGGCGAACAAUUGACCCUCUCGUUAACUCGUGCCAAUAGGGAUGAAUUGUUAUCAACGUGCUUCCACGCAUACAUAAUCAAUUGACCCUUUCCAUGUACAAGUAAGUCGUGCAAAUACUUCAUAAGUAGUUAUAUUAAUAACUAAGUUAAUAUAACAAUCAAUAAAUAACGACGAAUUCGUGAUUCCACUGAGCCAUGUUCAAGUUAAAUUUUAGUAAUGAACUUUCAUUGUCAGACAUUAUUUGAACAAUUCUUAUGCAAUUUGACAGUUACAGACAGAUUGUUACAGUACUAUCACAUAAGAACUAGAUUCCCAUAAAUCUGUAUACUGUCCGAUACAAAUGAUAAGAUUGUUAAAAAGUUUAUUUAUAUUCGUUAUAUCUCUAUUAUUCUUAUUAUAAGCAAGAUGAAACUAUACAUACAUUUUUAGUGUAUCGAUGAGAGAAGUCACUUGUUAAUUAGGCUUUACUGUCGAAAGUUAUUUAUCGAUCAAAUGAACGAUCAAGUAUUAGAACAUAUUUAUAACAAUUGUUUGACAAAUGAAUUUUUAAUGAAUAAAUACUUAUUUACAAAAUUUAGAGGAAAUUAAUAACUCCGAACUUAAUCGCUCAUAAAACAGAUAGCUUGACAUAUAUGACUAUAAGUGCCAUAUAUAUAAAUAGAAAUCAAAUAGAGAUUUUUCUGUAAUUAUAGUUAUCUAAGUAAUUUAUCACUGUGAUUAGAAUUUUAUCGUUCUUAAUAUGAGCUGUAAGCAAAUAGUACGUCACGACGUGUCACACAACAUAUGUAUAUGAUACCAGAAAAUUACUUAUAAUAAUAAAUAUACUGUAAUAUGAUCACAGCAAUGUGUGAACUUUCGCAAUGUAUAGUGUUGCAAGUCUUUUAUAUUUAAUAAGACGAUUUAAAUACUAGUUUGUACUAAUAAAGGCUUUAAUCUUACAAUAA